ACACAGGCUUGGUGAGUCAGUCCAGUGAGGCCACGUGUGUCGUUCACACGUUACCCAGAUACCUCACACCCACCGCUGGGGACCUCGUGAGCACACUUCCACGCGGUAGUGGGGGUGUGUGGUGAUAUUAACAAAGUGGUGGUUGUGUGAGAGGAACUUACUUACGUGUCUCCGGUGGAAGAUGUUGCCCAGUGUUGUGUUGGUGCUGGUAAUCCUAGCUGGGCCCGGUCGAGCAGGCGAUCCGCGAGUGUGCUACAAGUGUCGAGCUAAGGAUCAUUGCCUGGAUCUGGACACAUCAGCUAUCGAGACCUGCUCACCCGACGUCAAGCUCUGCGUCAAGAAGGAGACCUUCAGCAGGGUCACAGGAGUGGUUGUAACAGAGAGGUACUGCUCGGGUCGAGAUAUACUGGACUCUGGCAAAGAACUGGUGGAGGAGAAGUGUUAUCCCGCCAAUGAAGAAGGACGCCGCACUUCUGCCACCGUCUGCUACUGCUCCGACAACUACUGCAACGGGACACCACCUCGUCACUCCCUUACAAUUGGCCCACUACUCCUCUGCCUACUUGUACCCGCUCUGAUGUUGUGACCAAUGCUGGUAUUAUGCUAAAUGUGAGACAGACAAAAUUGUAUACAAGUAAAAUGUAUUUGUAUUAUCUCAUUUCGGUGUUAAAAACACCUUAUGCUGGUGAUAUUGCUUUCAAAACUAAAGAAAAUAACAAAAAAUAUAUAAAUUUAAAAUUAUUUUGCUAUUACCCUGAAAAUGCAAAGUUGUCAUUCGCUUCUACUCAUAUGAUGUUCACCCAAAAAAAUGAGAUUUAAAUUUCAUAACCAGGAAGUAUUUAAUUUAUCAUAAAUGCCAGCAACAACUUCAAUGCAGUGUUUUCUAGUUUAGCAUAAAUACAACCCACGUGGAUAGUGUGCCUUGAGUUGUACAGGAAGAUGAGCAUGCACCUGUCCCCACCAAAGGAUACAGCUCCCCACCGUCAGUCUGAGUGGGUUACCGAUGAUGGAGGGCGGAAGUGAUUGUUAUAGAUACUUAAGAAACAUUUGUUUUUAUUUAAUAGUGAUUUAUUUGUUCACACGUAAACAAGAUAUCUGACGAAGUGGUUACCCAUUUCAUGUUUGUGAGGCUGUUCAGUGAGCGCACAGUACAGUAGGUGAUCACUAGAGCAGAUGUGUCGCCCGUACGCUACUGGCGCAAUGUUUGAAAUUUACCAUUUACUGAGUUGGUUAGUGUGUGUUAAAUGAGAUGGUUUUAACGUGCUGUAAUAUAAUUCGGAUGAAAAUGCCUACCUACCAAGUUUAGUCUUUAGUAACGUGUAGCAAUAACUUACAAACAAAGAGCGUGAUAAAAGUUUAUUUAUUGAUAUGUGUUUUUGUUAUAAUAUUAUUACUCUAUAUUUCAAUGUAUGGAGCCUAAACUUAUAGCGGUGUGGUACAGUGUCAUAGCUUGAUAAUGUGAUAUAAUCAUCUAACUGAAUACAAAACUAAUCCAUUCAUAUAAUCGAGACAAAAAUUUACUCUUGAACAAAUAUGAUAGAUGUUCAGUAUGAGUGUAAGAAAUAAGUAGCGUAAAAUUUUAAACGAGUUGUUGAUGCUCUAUAAAUUUCAUACUAUAAAAUGUUUUUCACUUCACCUCAUUCAGUCAUCUACUUCAUCAACUGCACCCUAAAUAGAUUUUAUAGUCGAUGAAGCGAACGCACUAAAUGGCAUUAUUUUAAUUAUUAUAGAUUAACUUAAAUUACUGGUUUAUAUUUGUACAUUAGUAACAGGUGACUGAUGCGAUGAAUUUAAACCAGCAACUAUACUGUGAUUCACGGGCCAAAUAUACCCUGUAUUUUAUGUGCUAUGUUUAUGUAAGUUGAGGAUGUUAGUGCAUAAACCCAUGUUCAUUCCAUAUAAAUAAAUAAUCGAAUCUCA